CUGAAAAGAAAAAAAAAAAACAUAUAAUUUUUUGUAUAUAUCCCCGUCAGUGGUUUUGCCAUGGAGUUUGGGAAAGUUCAUAUGAAUUUAAAGACGGUGCUGCUGACGAUGAUGAUGUUCAAAUGGGGAACCCUGUGCACAGCCACAGCAGACAGAUGCUUGUCUGCACCCUGCCAGAACGGUGCUACCUGUGUGGACACAAUGGAUGAUUAUGCCUGUAUUUGUGCCAGAGAAGGGGUGAGGUACAUGGGCAAAAACUGUGACAAACUGUAUGAUGCCUGUUCCUUUGCUCCAUGUGAGGACUGCACCAGUUUUCCUGGUACCACAGAAUACCACUGCAUCUGCCCAGAUGGACUGACAGGAGAUAACUGCACAGAGGAGGUGGACGAGUGUCAGAGCAAUCCUUGUUCCGAGCCUCGUUCUCUUUGCGUAGAUCAGCUGAAUGGUUACUUCUGCAGGUGUCCUUCUGGGUAUGGAGGGCAAGACUGCAGGACACCUAUAAUUGACUGCAUCAAUGAACCCUGCAGUAACAAUGGAACUUGUGUAUUACAACCCGAAGGCUUUGAAUGCCACUGUGCACCGGGGUUUGAUGGAAAGACUUGUGAGGAAGAUGUGAAUGAGUGUUUGUCAGAACCCUGCCAGAAUGGUGCCAUCUGUAUAGAUGGAGUGGCAGAAUUUCACUGCUUCUGUGUCCCAGGUUUUCAGGGCUAUAACUGUGAAAUUGAUAUCAAUGAGUGUGCUUCAAGACCCUGUGAGAACAACAGCACCUGUAUCAAUGAGAAGGACCACUAUGAGUGUGAGUGCCUGAUGGGCUUUGAAGGAGUCAACUGUGAGACUGAAAUAGAUGAGUGUGAGUCGAAUCCCUGUCACAACGGUGCUGGCUGCCGUGACCUCAUAGGAAUGUACUCCUGUGAGUGUUUGCCUGGAUUCGAUGGCACUGACUGUGAAGUUGAUGUUGAUGAGUGUGCCAGUGUGCCCUGUCAAAACGGAGCAGUCUGUCAUGACAUGGUUAACAGCUAUGCAUGUGACUGCACUGAUACUGGGUAUGAGGGCAAUCACUGUGAGAUAGACAUCCCUGAAUGUGCGUCUGAUCCCUGCCAGCAUGGUGCUACAUGUCAAGAAGGAGUCAAAGAAUACAUCUGUCUCUGCUGGCCAGGUUAUGAAGGAUCAAACUGUGAAGCUGAUAUAGACGAGUGUGCUAAUCAGCCCUGUGAGAACAGUGGGGAGUGUUUUGAGCGCUCUGAUGCAUCUCACUGGGAGCUGGACUGGGAGCUCAGCUUUGCAGAUGCAGCGGGAUAUAUUUGCCAGUGUCAGCUGGGAUUUGCAGGAGAGAACUGCUCUGUCAACAUUGAUGAGUGUGAGUCUGAACCCUGUCAAAACGGAGGUAUUUGUGAAGACAAGAUCAAUGGUUACACCUGUACAUGUCCUGUUGGAUUUUUAGGUGAGUUGUGUGAGGUAAACAUUGAUGAAUGUGAGAGUCAGCCUUGCCAGAAUGGUGGCUGGUGUGAAGAUGGCAGGGCAACCUACACCUGCCACUGUCCUGAGGCAGAUGGAGAUGAACUUCCUUGGGGCGGUCAUCACUGCAAUUUGAAACUCCAUGGCUGUGUUAACCAUAAAUGUCAGAAUGGAGCCACCUGCCAUCCAUGGCUGGAGGAUGGAGAACACGGCCACACAUGCUUGUGCCCUCAUGGAUUCUAUGAUGAGAAGUGCUCCACCAGAACAACUUUCUCCUUCUCCACUCCUGGAUUUAUUCACAUUCAAGUUGUUCUAGAUGAAAGGGCUCGCAGGGACACUGACCACCAUGUUCACAAAGGUUUGGGGGUACAGCUUCGCUUCCGGACAACUAUACCUAAUAUGUUGAUUUUCUACAGAGGGGAUGCGGACAACCACCUCCUUCUAGAGAUUGUGAAUGGUGGUGUUCAUGCAAAAGCCUCUUCUGAGGAAUCAGACUUGGAUGUAAUGUUUCCUGGCUUGGUUAGUGAUGGAGAAUGGAGGGAUGCUCAUGUGUUUAUGGGUCAGGAAGGUCUAGUGUUAAAUUUGAAGGGUCCUGGUUGUCACAGGGAUGGAUGCAGAAUUAUGGAUGGUGGUGCAGGUGAACCACCUUUUCAGCCCUCUGAAGUCUUUACUCAUAUUUAUAUAGGCGGCGCACCAGAGGACCUUUUAGAGUACUCUAAAAGUGGUGCAGGAUUCAUCGGUUGUAUGGAAGACUUGAUGAUUGACUCUAAGCCUAUUCUACCCCAAACACUUCCAGACGACCAAGGCCAUGAACUGGGAUGUAGUAAGACUGAAUGGUGUAAGGCUGACCCCUGCAAUGGACAUGGACAGUGUGUGGACCUAUGGACCAGCUUCCAAUGUGACUGCUACCGUCCCUUCUACAGUAAAAGCUGCUCUGAAGAAUUCCCUUUGUGGACUUACAACCAUGAAGACACAGUGAGUUACAGUGGAUAUGACAUAGGUAAGAGCCAUGGGAGCAAUUUCAGUGUGUCUUUCCUCCUGCGAUCGUUAAAGCUAGAUGGGCUGCUGUUCCAGCUGAGGAGGCCCACAGAGGAAGAGGAGGGAAAGAUCUACUUCUCAGUCUACCUGGGAAUGGGCAGGGUUUUUGUUAGCUCUCUGCCCAACAGUGUCCCACUUACAGCUCCAAUAUUUGUGACCACUGGCAAGAAGGAACUUCUACUGGUGGAAGUUGAACACAGACAUGUAAUUUUUGAACAUGCAGGAAUUCGCUACAGAAUAGGAGAGAUCCCUGAAGUUAGCAUCAACAGUGGGGAUCAGGCCUAUGUAGGAGGACUUCCAAAAGACUGGGCAUCUGAUGCCUGGGGGGGACGUUUCAAAGGUUGCCUGCAGGAUCUUCGUUUAGACUCGGUGCAUUUGGAUAUGGAUGGUUGGAACACCUUGAAUAAAGUGGACAUUUAUUCAUCAACUUAUUCUGAAAAUGUAAAGAAGGGGUGUGUCAGUGACAAUACCUGCAAGAUGAAGCCUUGCCAAAAUGGAGGAGAGUGCACCAUCACAUUCAAUGAUUUUACAUGUUCUUGUCCUGAGGAAUACACUGGGAAAACCUGCAAAACACGUGUGUGGUGUGUUAGCCAUCCAUGUGUAAAUGAUGGCCAUUGUGUGGACCUACCUGAUGGAUAUGAAUGUGUGUACAAUGCCACAUUUGAGAACAACAGUGUGCAGUAUAGUGCUGGAGGCUCCCUCGCUGAGCCUGUCUCUAACAUAUACAUGGAGCUGAGGACUCGUUCAGAGAAUGCUAUUCUCCUGAGGGCUUCCUGGGGCUCCGACCUCCUAAUGGUGGGUCUGCUGGACUCGUCAGUCCGAGUGGAAAUCCAGAUUAGCAACAGUGUUGAGCCUCUGAUUUUUACAGGAGUCCGCCAAGUUGCUGAUGGGAGCUGGCAUCGUGUGAAUAUUUCUAUGACUCAGAUGGACCACAAAGCCUCCCCCUGGAUCAUCACUGUGGAUGGAAUCACAGAUGCCAGCAGUAUGUCAAAGCGGACAGGAAGUAUUCACUUUCUAAAUCAGAAGGGGGCAUUACUAUCCCUUGCAGAGAGCUUCAGUGGCUGCAUGGGUGCAGUGAGGCUAGGAGGAGUCUACCUUCCUUUUAUGGAUGAUUAUAAGGCCCCACAGCCCUCUCAGUUCCACUUAGUUGGUAAACCAAAGAUUCAUUUGGGCUGCACUGGUACCCCUGUUUGUGAUUCAGAUCCAUGUCUAAACGGAGGCACAUGUGAAGACCGCUUUAAUAAAUUUGUAUGUUUGUGUGACUCUGGUUGGGAAGGAGAUCAAUGUGAGAUAGAUACUGAUGACUGUGUGUCUCAGCCCUGUGUUCACGGAAACUGUGAGGACUACUUGGCUGAUUUUCAGUGUCAUUGCCACUUGGGAUAUGCUGGCAUUCUCUGUGAUGAGGAUAUUGACGAGUGUGAGCAUCAUGUUUGUGAGCAUGGAGGCACCUGUCAGGAUGGACCCAACAUGUACACCUGCAUAUGUCCCAAGGAGUACAGUGGCCCACACUGCCAGUGGGCCUACCCUCCUAUACAGUGUGGUAAAGAUGUUUUGUGUGCAAAUGAUGGUGUUUGCAAUGAUGGCCUGUGGGGGGCUAACUGUACGUGCAUGCCAGGAUUCACAGGCAGCAGAUGUGAAAUGGAAAUCAAUGAGUGUGAAUCUAACCCGUGUAGAAAUGGUGGUUCCUGUUUGGAUCGAUUUAACAUGUUUGUAUGUGAAUGCCCACCCGGCUACAGUGGUCCAAUCUGUGUCACUAAUAAAGAAACCAAUAAACAUGGACUGCCCUGGCUGGCAAUAGCCAUCCCGUUGCUCUGCCUGUGUAUUCUCCUAGUGAUUACUGGCUUGACCUAUGUGGUGCUCACAGCGAGGAAGAAGCGCCAGUCUGAGGGUGCUUACAGCCCCAGUGCUCAGGAGCUGGCUGGAGCCCGGUUAGAGAUGGACAGUAUGCUUAAAGUCCCACCGGAGGAGAGACUCAUCUGAUCUGACAGCAACAGUAAUCCAUGAGGGGAGCUUGAGGUCAUUUGAGCACUGUAGGCAUGUGCACAGGACUCACUGUCAAAGUGUUAGCUCCUUUGAACACCUGGGCUGAUCUGAUGUUACAGCCCCCUCCUGGUUGACCUGUGCUACUGACCCUGUGUUGCUACUCUGUGCCACUUGUUUUUACAGUAGCAUGUUAACCAUGUAAAUGGUGCAUAUUUCAUAAUCCAAGGAAAUAACCCAAGUACUUUGCACUUCAGGAACUCAUCAGUUUAUCCUCUGAUGACCUCUUCCUAUCAGAAACUCUUAGGUUGAGGCAACAGGGAAGUAUAAUCCAUUUAACUGUUUUAAUACUUCCAGCUACUUAAACAGGACAGUUAAGAGCCUUAUACUGCACUACCUUUGGAAAAUGUCCCACAGGUUUAUGGCACACCUGUGCUGCUGCUGGAACCUGGGUGUCAUAUGUUCAGUUCCUCCAAUGGAAAUUAUAUGGCUCUAAGAAAACUCUACACUGUUGUGUUUCUGGGCUUUUUUCAGUUUAGCUUGGUGGUGAUUUUGAGAAAUGCUAUUCAUUGUGAAAGAUGAUAUUCAUUUGCAUUUACAUCCACUUUUAUGCACAUUUUAAUUUGCAUGUAAAAUGGAAUCUAUAAAUUUAAAAAAGACAAACUAUUACAAAGCAUUUUUAAUGCUUGGGUGGAUUGAAUCCUUGUUGUAAAGGUUUUAGACACGAAAAGUAAAGUUAAGGUGCUUAAAAAAUAAAAAGUAACAGCUUUGGUCCUCCAUGUCCACAGCUAAAUUGUGCUGAGCAUCUUGGAGAAUGUGCCACAUAUCUUCAUAUUUUAUUUGUACAGCAACAGCAGUUAUCUAAAGGCAUUCUUUUCCUUUUGUAGUGUUUUGUUUUUUGUAGUGACUUCUGUCUCUUCAUGUAAUCCCAGGAAUUGCCCACCAACAUUUCAUUACAACUCCAUCUUCUAGUCAUCAUUCCAUAGCAUGUUAUUCAAAAAGGCCAUGUCCUUAUCAGAUUUUCAUCAUCUGUUCUGCUCAAAUAUUAAUUUUUUUGUUUAGUUUUUUCCUUGCACGCCUCAAAUAUCAUUUUCUAAUCACAGAAAAUCAGAAACUCCUGAGUUUAAUUUUCAAAGUUGUGAUAAACAUGCAUCUUUUUCCCAUGUGACUGUUUUCUGAUUAUAUACAGUUGCUGGUCAUAAAAUUAAAAUAUCAUGAAAAAGUUGAUUUAUUUCAGUAAUUCCAUUCAAAAA